AUAACAGAACCACAAGCUUUCAGGAACUCUGAGGAAGCUUGUGCUGCGGCGAGUGAGAGGCUUGUGCGUAGUCUUAGUUGUAGUAGUAGUCGUAGCCUUGAGCCAUGGUGGCUGUAAUGACGGAUAUGGCGUCCCUGCUUCGGCGCUCUACGGUGCCAUUUCUCCACUCUGCUUCAUUCGGCGCUUGUGCGCCAACCACAGCCCUCUUCUCCUCCAAAAAUCCGCCUCGUUUUGAUACGUUUUCGAGUGCUUGUAAUGUACUAGGGAGAACUCAGAAGCGAGCAGGUGGAGUGCGCUCAAGAUCGGGAGUAUUUUGCGCUCGUGCUUCCGUGGGCGAGGAUCGGCGAGACGAUCGUAAAGAGCCGCAGUUUCCACCUCCGGGCGAGCUGCAGUACUUCGGGAAAUUAAGCGCAGGAUGUGUUGCUGGUGCAAUUUUGGUGAAAUACGGCAGCCUAUGUGUGCCCUCCAUCACUAGUCCAGAUAUAAAUGUGGCCCUAACUCUGAUCUUCACUCCAUGCGUCGUAAGUUUGAUAUUGUUAGCACUUGCUAGCGUGUCAAGUCCAGAUGGAAAUACAAGCAAGCAAUAAUAGUCGAUUUUACUAGUCACUGUCCCCGUUGUCAAUGUUGUGUGUGAACUUUUGGUCAUCUCGUUCAGACGUUGCCACAGAAGUGUUAUUAUAGUUUUCAUGUUAGGUGUUCAUUGUCUGUUUAGCUCCUACACUCGAAACGCAACUUGGUCAUGGAAACCUACAUUCUGUGAAGGCUCUUUCAUCA